GGCAAACUUGGAAAACACAUAUAUAAGUAGUAGAAAGUAUGCUGAAGUUAACAGCACUUUAGUUUUUAGUAGUGAAUUAAGCAUUUGUUAAGCUAAAAAGAUUCCAUAUGAGUGCUGCAUUACAAAACGAAAAUCCAGAGGUGAAGGCUUUGAGCCAACUUCCUUCAAGAGCACAGGAAGAAGAGAAUUUGUUCUUAAAAGGUAAUGAAGAAUGGUUAUGGGAUACAAGCGACGAACUAGAGAGUCUUGAAAAGGUUCGUGACGGAGUUGAUGCACAGGAAAUCUUUGACUUGUUGGCGAAAAUCAAUGAUCCUGAGCACCCUUUAACUUUGGCUCAGCUUUCGGUCGUAAAAUUGGAAGAUAUUGAUGUUCAAGACAACGCGCAUGGUAAUUCUUUUGUCGUUGUCUAUAUCACACCUACUAUCCCUCAUUGUUCUAUGUGUACGUUGAUCGGAUUGUGCAUUCGUGUGCGUUUGGAACGCUGCCUUCCACCUCGAUUUCAUGUGGACGUAAAAGUAAAGAAAGGAACACACGCAAGUGAAUUGCAAGUGAAUAAGCAAUUGAACGAUAAAGAGCGUGUUGCAGCUGCAUGUGAAAACGAGCAAUUGCUCAACGUUUUAAACAGCAUGAUGUCUACUUGUGUUUAAAUUCACUGCCGCUGUUUUUAUGAAUGUAUAUUAAGUUACUGUUUUCUUUUGGAUAAAAGCUAUGUUAUUGGUUGGUUAAACAACAUACGGGAUCCCCCUCUUGACGAUGCUCUUUUGUAGUAUUAAUUUCUAGUUUUAUAUAUAAUCUUACUUCAUGUUCGGAAACUAUGAUUUUGAAG